UUUGACCUAAAAAAAAAAAGCAUCUGUGCAGUUUGCUACGCGCAGACAAGACCUAAUUGAAGACAAGACCUAAUUGAAGACGCUGUCACUACCUCUACCGUCAAAACCAUAAUUACCGUCGCCUCUUUCCUCCUGACAACGCCAUUCUCCAUUCUAGAAUGACCAAGCAUAGACUUGGACUGCACACUCGGCUGUGCUUCCAUCUCUCAAGAACAAAGAGACCUUUAACUACUUCCCCUUUACCUUCGGAAGCAACAUCCCUACUUAAUCACAAGACACUGUGUUUUUCACUUGCAGAGAAUUUAAUAGUUCGUGGGUUGUUCGAUUCAGCUCGGAAAGUGAUUCGGAGAAUCAUCAAGCAAUGCCCAUCAGUCUCUGAAGCUAUCUCUGCUGUUGAAUUUUCCAUUUCUCGUGGAGUUGAGCCUCACGCAACUAGCUAUGGUUUUCUAAUUCGGCAACUCGUGACAUCUGGAGAAACCCACAAGGCCGAGGUUGUUUAUGUAGAUUGCAUUUUGAACAGAGGUAUUGAACCGAACCAUUCUCUAUUAAAUUCCAUGGUGAUUUGUUAUUGUAAGUUGGGUAAACUGGAGGAAGCUAAGUUGCUUUUCGAUAAACUUGUGGAUAUGAAGUUGAUGCCUUGGAGUAGCACGUGUAAUGAGCUUAUUAAGGGAUUUUGUGGCCAAGAUAGAAUCUUGGAUGGAUUUGAUGUUUUUGUGGAAGCUAUUAAUGCUGAUGUAUUACUCGCUUUCAGUUGUUACAAUAAGUUAGUUGAUGGUUUGUGCUUCCGUGGGUACUUGGAUGAAGCUCUCUAUGUGUUUGAUGAAAUGUGUGAUAGAGGGGUACCGCCCACAGUUCAUUUGUUUAAAACAUUGGUUCUUUCGUUUUGUAAGAGAGGUAGAGUUGAGGAAGCGCAAUUGUUGAGCAUGGAUAUGGAGUCUUAUGGUUUUGUUUUGGAUAAAGUCAUGUACACCACUCUCAUCAACGGCUAUUCCAAGACCCAGAAAAUGAAAACGGCUAUGAUGGUAUUUCUCAGAAUGCUCAAGUUGGGUUGUGAACCUGAUAAGUAUACUUACAACACACUGAUAAAUGGGUUUACAAACUUGGGCAUGUUCGACAAGGGUUGGGUGCUGCAUCAGCAGAUGGUUGAUUUUGGAUUAGAACCCGAUGCAGUAAGUUACCAAAUCACUAUUGUUAAGUAUUUCAAGGACCAUAAAGUUGAUUUUGCAUUGAUGUCAUUAGAUGACAUCAAUCAAUGCAAUGGUGCUCCCAGUGUUCACUCUUAUACUGCUUUAAUCUCUGCACUUUAUAAAGAGAAUCAGUCAGCAAAAGUAGAUGACUUAUACAGGAAGAUGUUGUACACUGGAUUGGUUCCUGACCAUGUUCUGUUUUUUACCUUGAUCAACAAUCAUCCAAAAGGGUCAGAGAUUAGUCUCGCAUGCACAUUUUUGCGGGCUAUUGCCAAGAACGGUUGUGGUAUUGACCUCUCUUACAUCCCUAGCCCUACCAGUCGUAAAGUUACUUCAGAUAUCAUGCUUGAUAUUGAUUGUCUCUUGGGAGAAAUUGUGGCAAGAAACUUACCUCUGGCUAGUGUUGCUUUCAAUAUAUACAUGAUUGCUUUGUGUCUAGGAGGAGAACUUGAUUCUGCUCAGCUUUGCAUGGAUAAGAUGGCAAGCCUUUCUCUUCAGCCUUCGCUGUCAGCUUAUAAUUCCAUGAUCAAGUGCCUUUACCAAAAGGGACUACAUGAGGAUGCCAAGUUUCUUGUUGAAGUUAUGCAAGAUCAAGGUCAUGUUCCAAAUCAAGCAACAUUCUUGAUUAUGGUAAAUGAAUACUGUAAACAGGGUGACAUACAAUCAGCACUAGAAGUUCUGGACCAAAUGGAAGAGAGUGGAUUGAAACCUAGUGUUGCUAUAUAUGACUCCGUCAUUGGGUGUUUGGGUAGAAAAAAGAGAAUAGACGAGGCCCUUGGAGUUUUCCGGAGAAUGCUCGAGGCUGGAAUUUAUCCUGAUAAAACUUUGUUUGUGACAAUGAUUAAUGCUCUAUCAAGAAAUGGGCGAGCUAUUCAGGCCCAUGAGCUCUUCGAUAAAAUGUUGGAAGAUGGAGUCCAACCAAGCCACUAUGCUUAUACUGCUCUUAUAAACGGGUUAGUUAAAAAAAACAUGAUAGAGAAGGGUUGUGUAUACCUCGAUCGAAUGAUAGAAGAGGGUUUCAUGCCAAAUACUGUUCUUUAUACUUCUCUUAUAAAACAAUUCUUAAGGAAGAGAGAGUUUGAAUUUGCAUUUAAGUUGGUUGAUUUGAUGGAAAGAAGUGAGAUUGAGCGAGACUUGGUAACUUAUAUUACUUUGGUCAGUGGCGUUUCUAGAAAUAUUAGGUCACUUGAUGGGAAAGGGCUUGUUCCACAGGGAAGGUAUGAAGAAUCUAAGGAAAUGUUGUUCCGUCUACUUCAUCAGAGUGCUAUGUUGCCUAAGGAAACCGGUUUGAAAAUCUCAGUUAGCUCUCAGGAACAAAUAAAAUAUCUUGCACUUUGGCUGAUAAACAAAGUGAAGAACACUCCCCUUAUGCCAAAUUUGUACUUGUAUAAUGGCAUAAUUUCUGGGUUUUGCUGGUCAGAGAGUAUGGAAGAUGCAUACAAGCACCUUGAUACAAUGCAAAAUGAAGGCAUCCAACCAAAUCAAGUUACUUUUACUAUUCUAAUUGAUGGGCAUUUCCGAAGUGGUGAAAUUGAUUGUGCUGUUAGUCUUUUCAACAGAAUGAAUGCACAGGGUUGUCCUCCAGAUAACAUCGUCUACAACACUUUAAUAAGAGGUCUAUGCAGACAUGGAAGGCUCAUGGAUGCUCUAUCGCUCUCAUAUACAAUGCUCAAAAAAGGAUUGGCCCCUUCUAAGGCAUCAUAUGAAAGUCUUCUCAGUUCUUUUUGUGCUAAUAAUUGGAAUGUUCAUGCACUGAAGAUAUGUCAAGAUAUGCUUGCCAAUAAAUAUGUCCCUUGUGGCCAUAAUCUUAAAUUGUUGAUUUGUAUACUAGAUGAAGAAAAUAAGUGGCACGAAGCUCAUUUUAUGUAUGAUUUGCUUCUUAAGAAAAGAAGAUUUAUGAUGAACACAAGGUAGAGGUUGGAUAUGAUCUGAUAUUGUUGGGCUUCCUUCCCUGGUCCGUGUGUAUCAACAGAAUAUGGACUUUUGUGUGGAGCUGCACAUUGUAGCUUGUGUACCCUCAGAAUUCCCUUUGGAAUCUGAUAUGCCGCGUCUAUGUACUGGUCGUGUCGAAUUUGUGAAGUGGUUGUAUGCUAUGUGCAGCAGACAACCUUUAGGUAAUCCUGGAGGUGUGUUCUCCUGAUUAUUCGUGUUUAGAUUUUGGAUAAACUACAUAGGCACCCAAAUAGGUUAACACAAGUUAGUGGAUCAAUUCUGUCACUGGUAAGAAGACUAGAUGCUGAACAAAAUGUAAAUUUUAUAGAAUGUCUAUUGAAUGCUUAAAUAAUUUGAUUUGGUUUUUUAGUUUUUUCUUUUUGAAAAGAGGAGUCUCCUUAUCUUUUUUGUCAUUUUCAGUUUUAUCACGUUUAUUUUUUUGCUAAUCCUGAAUUGCAUCAAAGCACUACGAGUUCAGAGGCAACAGAAAAAGAAGUGUUAUUCUUGGAUGAAAGAGUUGGCGUACAUUGUCACUGAACAAAGAAUCCUCUGGAUGGUAUGUGCUUUACAAACUCAUUGUUGGAGGUCACAUAUUUGACAGAAAGCCAGAAGCAGUAUCUCGAGGCAAGUACUGAUGCCUAAGAUCACUAGGAUGUUGCUGUGGAAAGCUUUGAGGAUGGUUCGCUGACCAUUGAUAAAGAAGAUUUUUUGUUGGGAGUGUAAUAGAAUGCUGUUGUUGGCCAAGAUGAUGUUAUUGCUGACGGAAUGAAUUAUCCGGGAUAUUUCAGAGGAAUUAAGCCAUUAAUAUAUGGCGACUAAGUGAAAAUUCAACAGGUCUUGUCAGAUUUGUUGCUGGACAUAUUACUGUUUGCACCAUCACCUGACAGUGAAUAUCCAACUUCGAUCAAGUAUAAGCAAAUAUCUGACGAAGUAACUGUGGGGCAUAUUGAAUUAAGGUACAUUCUGUAAUUUUCUCUUCCUUUUUUGUUUAAUUUAAUUGCUCCACUGGCAGAUGAGUUAUGAGUUAUAUUAACAUGUUAAAUUCAAGAAUAGUCACUAAACUUAGACCGCUGUAUUUGUAAAGUCACAAACUCUUUUUUAAUGUUAUGGUGGAACGGCAGUAAUUUUUGUCAUGGACAAAAUAAAAAUCGUUCCGGAUUGAAAUGGUUGUCUGUA